AUGAGCUAUGAUCGAGCAAUCACCGUCUUCUCCCCUGACGGGCAUCUCCUACAGGUGGAGUACGCUAUAGAGGCUGUGAGACGCGGGGGUUGUGUUGUGGGUGUGAGAGGCCGCGAUGCCGUUGUAUUGGCUGUAGAGAGGAAGGCAGCUGCUAAGCUGCAAGAGCCCAGGCGAGGGUUUCGUUCCGGUUGGUGGAGACACUUUGCAGGCAUUCUGUGGACAAGCAGAAAAUUGGUGUUAUUGGAUGAGGGUUUGUGCUGCGCCUUCGCGGGGCUGCAUGCAGACGCGCGGGUGUUGUUAGCGAAGGCACAGCUGGAGGGGCAGAGCUACCGUCUUAAUAAUGAUACAGCACCUACAGCUGAUUAUAUGGCCAGAUAUAUCGCACAAGUGCAGCAGAAGUAUACACACCGCGGGGGUGUGCGACCGUUUGGUCUGUCAGUGCUGUUGGCUGGCGUUGACUUAGAAGGAAAUUUAGCGCUCUAUCAAACAGAGCCUUCGGGGAUAUUUGCUAAGUGGAAGGCGCAGGCUCUAGGAAAGAAUGCCAAGACUGUGCAAGAAUACCUGGAGAAGAAUUACAAAGAAGAUAUGAAUGAAGAAGAUACUUUUCUUUUAGCAAUUAGUGCUGUGGCGGAGGUAGUAGAGGCUGGAAAAAGAAAUGUUGAGUGUGUUAUAAUUACAAAGACAAACACAGAGUUCGUCUCUCCAGAUAAAAUUGCACAAGAGCUGGAGAAGUUGGAGGCCCAGAAGAAAUCUGCAGAAGAAGAGGUUAAGCCCGGAGACAGCUAA